UGAUGCAUACCCGGUGGAAAAUUUUUAAAUUUUGGUUGUAUGGGGAAUACAUUAUGCGAAUACAGUAUAGUGAUCUAAAUCUAGUGUCAAUUUAAUUAUAACUGUAUUCAGAAUGUAUACAUACGUCUAAUUCAACCAUGUGUAAUCAUUAUCACUUUUACUUUGUUUAUAACCUUAUGCAUUGUUAAAUUAGAAGGCAUGGUACAUUAUAUUUAAUAUAUAAUUUGUAUAAGUAUUUGAUUUGUGUACAUUUCGAAAUUAAAGUUAUACUGACAUGUCUCUAACUAUUGAGAAACAAAUUGAAUUAUUAUUAGCUGGUCAUCCUUUAGAAAUUGAUACACAGGAAACUAACCAUGCCGUACAAAAUGAAAUUAUAGGGAUAAAAGGAACUGUUAAUAACUAUGUACCAAUUUGUCAAAAAACUGUGACAUAUAUUGUUGCUGCUGUAAUUGUAAAUAAUCAAGGAGAAGUAUUAAUGAUUCAAGAAGCAAAAGCUUCUUGCAAUGGAAAAUGGUAUUUACCAGCUGGUCGAGUUGAACCUAAUGAAACUUUAUCAGAUGCUAUUAAAAGGGAAGUUUUAGAAGAAACAGGCCUUAUAUUACAGCCAGAAACAUUGAUAUUAAUAGAGUGUGCAAGUGGUUCAUGGUUUAGAUUUGUAUUCAAUGGCAAAAUAACUGGUGGUAAAUUAAAAACAUUAGAUGAAGCAAAUGAAGAAUCUUUACAAGCAAGUUGGGUAUAUAAUAUAAAUGAUUUACCACUAAGAUCACACGAUAUUGUUUCUUUAAUAGAAAGAGCUAAAACUUAUACCAUGAAUAAAGAUAUUUCACAACAUCCAUAUUUAAUGCCAGUUAAUAAGUCAUUGAAUAAGCUAUUGUUACGGCUUACAAUCACUUCAAAGAAACGAGCAACGAAUAAAUUACAUGUUCUUGUGUCAGAUACAACACCAUUUUAUUUACCAGUCUGUGAAAUUAAUCCAAAUCGCAGUCUUCUUUCUACUUUACAUAGCUUUAUGGAGGAACUAUUUGGAAGUGAAGUUGCACCACAUAAGCCACAUGGUAUAAUAACUGUAGACUUCAGUGGAGGUCAAGGAGGAGAUGGAUUAUGUUUAACACUACUGGUUUCAUUUAAGUUGCCAGUAGAAGAUGUAGCUGCUGUUGGAAAAUUCGUUUGGUAUGAAUUGCCUGAAAAUUUAGCUGCAAGUAUUACUUACCGUUUGCCACGAAACAUGACCGUGCCUUUACACGUUAUACGAUAAUCUGAUACAAUAUUUGCAUAUUAUGCAUUUGAAAUUUCAAAUAUGAAGUAUUUCAUUCACUUUCAACCUAAAUAUGAAAUUAAAAUUUAUGCUGGAAAUAUUAAUAUUAUUCCAAAAUUUAUAAACUGUUAAAAUGUGAAUUCUAAAAAUUCUAAAUUAUUAUAUAAUAUUGAUACACAAAUUAAAAUGAAACAAUUAACACGCACAUAUACAUAUAUAUUCAUACAUUCCAAGCACUGUUAUAACACAACAACUUUAUAUUAGCCAGAUAUAUUUAUACAUCUGCUUAACAAUACCUAACCAUAUUAGGGAAAUAUUUACGAGCAUAAAUUUAUGUUUAUCCUAGUCUAUACCAAUGACUUUUUUAACAAGAACAAGCAUAUAAUUUAUAACUUUCAUAAGAAUUUAUAAUGUAAAACGACUAAUAUUAGAUUUUAAUCAUUU